AGGAACCAAAGCAAAGCGCUGCAGCUGUUUUUCUUUUAUUAAGUAAGCAAUAUACAACUAGUGUAAAACAGAGUAUUCAAGGGAUUGAUGAGCGACAUUUUAGCUCUUUUUUUUACCGCAGCUUGGGCAAAAAAUGGAAAUGAAGAUGAUAGCAAAACACUAGCAAAAACAUCAAGAUUUUAUGUUUUUAUUUACAUUUGAAAGUAAUCUCUUUUAUUUUUAACACGAUUUAAGCGGGUUUUUUAAAAAUAGUUCUGGGAUAAAAUGAAGGACUCCCUUCUCGCUUUGUCAAGCCGAAGUGUGAGGAGGAUCAGCGGGGCGGCCGGGCUGCUCUACCCGCUGCUCGGUGCCUAUCUCUGGGCUGCAGCGGUCGGGUACAAGCCGGUGAUCAUCGUGCACGGUUUAUUCGACAGCUCAGGGGAUUUUAAAGACUUACAGCGGUUCAUAAACGAGUCUCAUCCUGGCACAAAUGUUUCCGUCAUCGACUUGUUUGACAGAAGUGCCAGCCUGCAGCCCAUGUGGAAACAGGUGGAGGGAUUCAAGGAAGCUAUUCACCCAAUAAUGCAAAAUGCAGAAGACGGGGUCCAUUUUAUCUGCUACUCUCAAGGUGGGCUUAUUUGCAGAGGGAUCCUCUCGACUCUCAACGACCACAACGUCCAGUCUUUCAUCUCUCUGUCCUCGCCGCAGGCCGGGCAGUAUGGAGACACCGACUACUUGAGGUACCUCUUCCCACAGUUUGUGAAGUCCAACCUCUUUCACCUCUGCUACACAUCGGUAGGUCAGAGGAUCUCCAUCUGCAACUACUGGAACGACCCCCACCACAGAGACAUGUAUGUGAACAGCAGUGAUUAUUUGGCUCUGCUCAACAGCGAGCGAUCAAAUCCAAAUUCAACAGAGUGGAAGAAGAACUUCCUGAAAAUAAAAAAGCUGGUGCUGGUUGGAGGACCGGACGAUGGAGUCAUCACUCCCUGGCAGUCGAGUCAGUUUGGAUUUUUUGACGACAACGACACGGUCAUUGAGAUGCAGCACCAGGAUAUGUAUUUAAGGGAUGUUUUUGGUCUGAAGACGCUUGGGGCUCGUGGAGAUCUGAUCAUCUGUUCUGUUCCCGGCGUGGAACACGUGUAUUGGCAUUCAAAUGAGACUGUGUUCCACCUGUGCAUGGAGAAGUGGCUGGUGUAAAACAAAACACUCACACACAGAUACACACAAACAGAGAUACACACCCUGCAGGUUCACACAUGGUUGUGCAUUUCCACCAUGUGUGAAACUCUGCCUCUACUAUAAACUAUGAAGCAUGUCAUCUCAAUUUUUGGAUUACAGAUUCAAGAAAUUACUUCGUAAUUGUAGUGUUUGCUGGCAAAGUUUGGACUAUAGGUUCUGAACUAUUUAAGUUACAUAAAAGGGAAUCUCCAUUACUUUGCUUUCUUGCAGCGUAUCAGAUAAGAAGAUUUAUACCGCUCUCAUGACCAUAAGUCCUCGAAAUCAUUUAAUGUUUGUGAAUUUGAGGAGGUAAAUAGGGGCCUUGUAAGUUUAGAAAUUAAAUUAUUAUUUUAACAGUAGUAAAUCUUCCAUCUGCACCCUGCACAUGCUUAUUGUUUCUCAUGUAAACGACGUUGAGGAAGUACACCAUUAUUUAACCUUGAUGUUUAAGAACGUGUGGGAUUACUGGUACAGUAUAUGAAACUUCAGCCAGCUGCUUGGUUUUCAUCAACAUGUAAAACUACAUAUUUUAAUUAUUUCUUAUUAACCGUUCUGCUGUCAAACAAAUCCAGCAUUUCCAUGUAUGCUAAAGGUAUUUUCUCAGAAAAUAAAAAGGCCCAAACUUUAAGAAGCAACCAAUAGGAAGGCUCCUAUAAACUUGGUAGAGGUUAAACUAGCCAUUAUGUUAUUACACCCUGCAA